AUGAAAUUUGAACUUAUAUUCACAUUUCUUGUACUAAUCAGCGCAAGUAAUUCAGCUUGGUUAGAUCGUCGAAGUGAAUCUUAUGAAUGUGCACCUGUUACUUCGAAUAUCUUAGAAGUUCUUGAGCCUUUACCUUCAACCGAUGGGCCGGUAACUCGAUGUUAUAAUUUGGAAUUAGUAGUAAAGGAUUUGGCUCCUGAUGGAUUUACUCGACCUGUGUGGACUGUUAAUGGUCAAUAUCCAGCUCCAAUACUUCAAGCAAACAUGGGUGACAGAAUUAUACUUAAUGUGACCAAUAACUUUGGAGACCCUACCUCUAUUCAUUGGCACGGUCUAUUUCAGAAAGGCACAAACUAUUACGAUGGGCCUGUAGGAGUAACUCAAUGUCCGAUCCCCAAUAGAGUUACGUUUAAAUACGAUUUCACUCUUGAACAAUUCGGCACUUUUUGGUAUCAUGCUCACCACCUUAGUCAAAUGAUUGAUGGCCUCAAAGGCCCUUUUAUAAUUCAUAAUCCUAAAGAUCCUUACCGCGGAACAUAUGAUUACGAAUACGUUGUGACUUUAUCUGAUUGGUAUCACACUCCAACCGGUAUUCUCUUGCAACAAUUUAGUGACGAUAGCUAUACAGGAUUCUCUCCCGUUCCUGAUUCUGGUGAAAUUAGUGGUUUUGGACAGUAUGAUUGUAAUGCUGCUCCCAAAAAUUCAACAUGCAAUUCGAAUAACGAAGUUGCUACUUACGUUGUCCAAAAGGGUAAAAAAUAUAGAUUUAGAAUUAUUAAUACAAGCGCGUUAGUUCAUUACAUAUUUUCAAUUGAUAAUCACCCACUCACCAUUAUCGAAGCUGAUAGUGGCCUCCUAAAAGAGCCAAUCACUCUAAAUUCUAUUCCAAUAAAUAUUGCACAACGAUAUUCAGUAAUUCUUGAUGCUAAUCAACCAAUAGAUAAUUAUAAGAUUCGUGCACAUAUUACUAAUUGCAACCCUGUUAACAAUAAAACUAUAAACUUUGAUAGUGCAAUAAAUUAUGAUGUUACUGGAAUUUUGAAAUAUGAUGGAGCUGGAGAUAACCCUCCAACUUCAGAAGCUUUUCCUUUGGACACUUCAGAAGCAUGUAGAGAUGUGAAUCCAAAUAGUUUAAAGCCAUAUAAUAAUAAAAUGCCUCAAACUGUUAUUACUACUUUUAAGGCAAUAGUUAAUUUUGGCGCUGCAGCGAGUGGAAGAGCAAUUGCCUUAGUAAACAAUUCGACCUUUGUACCUAACGAUGACUAUCCAACAAAUCAAAAAAUUGUUGACGGUGUAAGCCCGGAUGAACUUUCAAGUAAUGAUAAUCCUUAUACGUAUGAAAGUAACUCUGAAAAUUGCAAUGAUGAUGGCGUUGAAAUUCAUGUCAUUAACAAUACUACGGAUUCUCAUCCGUUCCACUUGCACGGACAUGACUUUUACAUUCUUUAUAAUGGAGAAAAUAAUACUGGUCUUAAAUCGCCACAAAAAUCAGAAUUUAAUACUGAAAAUCCUGCCAUUCGUGAUGUAGUCACUGUUCUACCAAUUAGUACGACUGUGAUCCGCUACUGUGCAGACAACCCUGGUGUCUGGCUUUUCCAUUGUCACAUACAAUGGCACUUUAGCAUGGGUAUGGCUGUGCAACUAAUUGAAACACCUUCGAUAUUUAAGAAAACUAUUAUCCCAAGUGAUGUCACCGGGCUUUGUGCAAAUGAUGAUUUCAUCAAGGAUAUGACAAUAGAGGACUUCCGUGGUAUUGAGUUCGCAUUUGGACCAGCUAAGCCGCUUAUAAAAUUUAUUGAAGAGCUUAAAGAGAGUCAAAAUGUAUAUGCGGGCUAG